AUGCUGUCUCGUUUACUCCUCGUCUUCUCAAGCGGUCCUUGUUUUGCUCGAACCUGGACCGUUGAUUCCUCAUUUUCUCCUCCUCUUCUCCUUUUCUCCUCCUUUCCUCCUCUUCUCCCCCUCUCCCGCUCUCCCAUCUCUGCCCGGCAGGCCUUUGUGACGACAGUGGGGGAGGACCGGGACUUGUUGGUGCGCCAUUUACAGCACCUCGGGAUAGGAGUAGUGAAUGAGAGCAGUCGCCCUGAGGAGCUGGGGCCCCCCGCACAUGCCAUGGCCGUGGAUGCCCAUCCUUGCUUUCCAUUCUCCCUCGACUUCCUUGUCAACCUCCCUUCCUUCCCUCUUCUCCCUCGUUCCUCCCCCUUUUCUCCGUGCUUCCCGCCUCUGGCUUCCACCUACAACCAUUCCCCCUUUUUUCCUGCCUUCUCUCCCUCAUGUUCCUUCUCUCCCCGUCAUGUUCCUUCUCUCCCUCAUGUUCCUUCUCUCCUUCAUGUUCCUUCUCUCCCUCAUGUUCCUUCUCUCCCUCAUGUUCCCUCUCUCCCUCAUGUUCCCUCUCUCCCUCAUGUUCCUUCUCUCCCUCAUGUUCCUUCUCUCCCUCAUGUUCCUUCUCUCCCUCAUGUUCCCUCUCUCCCUCAUGUUCCCUCUCUCCCUCAUGUUCCUUCUCUCCCUCAUGUUCCUUCUCUCCCCGUCAUGUUCCUUCUCUCCCUCAUGUUCCUUCUCUCCCUCAUGUUCCUUCUCUCCCUCAUGUUCCUUCUCUCCCUCAUGUUCCCUCUCUCCCUCAUGUUCCCUCUCUCCCUCAUGUUCCUUCUCUCCCUCAUGUUCCUUCUCUCCCCGUCAUGUUCCUUCUCUCCCUCAUGUUCCUUCUCUCCCUCAUGUUCCUUCUCUCCCUCAUGUUCCUUCUCUCCCUCAUGUUCCUUCUCUCCCUCAUGUUCCCUCUCUCCCUCAUGUUCCCUCUCUCCCUCAUGUUCCUUCUCUCCCUCAUGUUCCUUCUCUCCCCGUCAUGUUCCUUCUCUCCCUCAUGUUCCUUCUCUCCCUCAUGUUCCUUCUCUCCCUCAUGUUCCUUCUCUCCCUCAUGUUCCCUCUCUCCCUCAUGUUCCCUCUCUCCCUCAUGUUCCUUCUCUCCCUCAUGUUCCUUCUCUCCCUCAUGUUCCCUCUCUCCCUCAUGUUCCUUCUCUCCCUCAUGUUCCCUCUCUCCCUCAUGUUCCCUCUCUCCCUCAUGUUCCUUCUCUCCCUCAUGUUCCUUCUCUCCCUCAUGUUCCCUCUCUCCCUCAUGUUCCCUCUCUCCCUCAUGUUCCUUCUCUCCCUCAUGUUCCUUCUCUCCCUCAUGUUCCCUCUCUCCCUCAUGUUCCUUCUCUCCCUCAUGUUCCCUCUCUCCCUCAUGUUCCCUCUCUCCCUCAUGUUCCUUCUCUCCCUCAUGUUCCUUCUCUCCCUCAUGUUCCCUCUCUCCCUCAUGUUCCCUCUCUCCCUCAUGUUCCUUCUCUCCCUCAUGCUCCCUCUCUCCCUCAUGUUCCUUCUCUCCCUCAUGUUCCUUCUCUCCCUCAUGUUCCCUCUCUCCCUCAUGUUCCCUCUCUCCCUCAUGUUCCUUCUCUCCCUCAUGUUCCUUCUCUCCCUCAUGUUCCCUCUCUCCCUCAUGUUCCCUCUCUCCCUCAUGUUCCCUCUCUCCCUCAUGUUCCUUCUCUCCCUCAUGUUCCUUCUCUCCCUCAUGUUCCCUCUCUCCCUCAUGUUCCUUCUCUCCCUCAUGUUCCCUCUCUCCCUCAUGUUCCCUCUCUCCCUCAUGUUCCUUCUCUCCCUCAUGUUCCUUCUCUCCCUCAUGUUCCCUCUCUCCCUCAUGUUCCCUCUCUCCCUCAUGUUCCUUCUCUCCCUCAUGUUCCUUCUCUCCCUCAUGUUCCCUCUCUCCCUCAUGUUCCUUCUCUCCCUCAUGUUCCCUCUCUCCCUCAUGUUCCUUCUCUCCCUCAUGUUCCCUCUCUCCCUCAUGUUCCUUCUCUCCCUCAUGUUCCUUCUCUCCCUCAUGUUCCCUCUCUCCCUCAUGUUCCUUCUCUCCCUCAUGUUCCCUCUCUCCCUCAUGUUCCCUCUCUCCCUCAUGUUCCUUCUCUCCCUCAUGUUCCUUCUCUCCCUCAUGUUCCCUCUCUCCCUCAUGUUCCCUCUCUCCCUCAUGUACCUUCUCUCCCUCAUGUUCCUUCUCUCCCUCAUGUUCCUUCUCUCCCUCAUGUUCCUUCUCUCCCUCAUGUUCCCUCUCUCCCUCAUGUUCCUUCUCUCCCUCAUGUUCCUUCUCUCCCUCAUGUUCCAUCUCUCCCUCAUGUUCCCUCUCUCCCUCAUGUUCCCUCUCUCCCUCAUGUUCCUUCUCUCCCUCAUGUUCCUUCUCUCCCUCAUGUUCCCUCUCUCCCUCAUGUUCCUUCUCUCCCUCAUGUUCCCUCUCUCCCUCAUGUUCCCUCUCUCCCUCAUGUUCCUUCUCUCCCUCAUGUUCCAUCUCUCCCUCAUGUUCCCUCUCUCCCUCAUGUUCCCUCUCUCCCUCAUGUUCCUUCUCUCCCUCAUGUUCCUUCUCUCCCUCAUGUUCCUUCUCUCCCUCAUGUUCCUUCUCUCCCUCAUGUUCCCUCUCUCCCUCAUGUUCCCUCUCUCCCUCAUGUUCCUUCUCUCCCUCAUGUUCCUUCUCUCCCUCAUGUUCCCUCUCUCCCUCAUGUUCCUUCUCUCCCUCAUGUUCCCUCUCUCCCUCAUGUUCCUUCUCUCCCUCAUGUUCCCUCUCUCCCUCAUGUUCCUUCUCUCCCUCAUGUUCCUUCUCUCCCUCAUGUUCCCUCUCUCCCUCAUGUUCCUUCUCUCCCUCAUGUUCCCUCUCUCCCUCAUGUUCCCUCUCUCCCUCAUGUUCCUUCUCUCCCUCAUGUUCCUUCUCUCCCUCAUGUUCCCUCUCUCCCUCAUGUUCCCUCUCUCCCUCAUGUUCCUUCUCUCCCUCAUGUUCCUUCUCUCCCUCAUGUUCCCUCUCUCCCUCAUGUUCCUUCUCUCCCUCAUGUUCCCUCUCUCCCUCAUGUUCCCUCUCUCCCUCAUGUUCCUUCUCUCCCUCAUGUUCCAUCUCUCCCUCAUGUUCCCUCUCUCCCUCAUGUUCCCUCUCUCCCUCAUGUUCCCUCUCUCCCUCAUGUUCCUUCUCUCCCUCAUGUUCCUUCUCUCCUCAUGUUCCUUCUCUCCCUCAUGUUCCUUCUCUCCCUCAUGUUCCUUCUCUCCCUCAUGUUCCUUCUCUCCCUCAUGUUCCUUCUCUCCCUCAUGUUCCUUCUCUCCCUCAUGUUCCUUCUCUCCCUCAUGUUCCUUCUCUCCCUCAUGUUCCUUCUCUCCCUCAUGUUCCUUCUCUCCCUCAUGUUCCUUCUCUCCCUCAUGUUCCUUCUCUCCCUCAUGUUCCUUCUCUCCUCAUGUUCCUUCUCUCCCUCAUGUUCCUUCUCUCCCUCUCUCCCUCAUGUUCCUUCUCUCCCUCAUGUUCCUUCUCUCCCUCAUGUUCCUUCUCUCCCUCAUGUUCCUUCUCUCCCUCAUGUUCCUUCUCUCCCUCAUGUUCCUUCUCUCCCUCAUGUUCCUUCUCUCCCUCAUGUUCCUUCUCUCCCUCAUGUUCCUUCUCUCCCUCAUGUUCCCUCUCUCCCUCAUGUUCCUUCUCUCCCUCAUGUUCCCUCUCUCCCUCAUGUUCCUUCUCUCCCUCAUGUUCCCUCUCUCCCUCAUGUUCCUUCUCUCCCUCAUGUUCCCUCUCUCCCUCAUGUUCCUUCUCUCCCUCAUGUUCCUUCUCUCCCUCAUGUUCCCUCUCUCCCUCAUGUUCCUUCUCUCCCUCAUGUUCCUUCUCUCCCUCAUGUUCCUUCUCUCCCUCAUGUUCCUUCUCUCCCUCAUGUUCCUUCUCUCCCUCAUGUUCCUUCUCUCUCUCAUGUUCCUUCUCUCCCUCAUGUUCCUUCUCUCCCUCAUGUUCCCUCUCUCCCUCAUGUUCCCUCUCUCCCUCAUGUUCCUUCUCUCCCUCAUGUUCCUUCUCUCCCCGUCAUGUUCCUUCUCUCCCUCAUGUUCCUUCUCUCCCUCAUGUUCCUUCUCUCCCUCAUGUUCCUUCUCUCCCUCAUGUUCCUUCUCUCCCUCAUGUUCCCUCUCUCCCUCAUGUUCCCUCUCUCCCUCAUGUUCCUUCUCUCCCUCAUGUUCCUUCUCUCCCCGUCAUGUUCCUUCUCUCCCUCAUGUUCCUUCUCUCCCUCAUGUUCCUUCUCUCCCUCAUGUUCCUUCUCUCCCUCAUGUUCCCUCUCUCCCUCAUGUUCCCUCUCUCCCUCAUGUUCCUUCUCUCCCUCAUGUUCCUUCUCUCCCUCAUGUUCCCUCUCUCCCUCAUGUUCCUUCUCUCCCUCAUGUUCCUUCUCUCCCUCAUGUUCCUUCUCUCCCUCAUGUUCCCUCUCUCCCUCAUGUUCCUUCUCUCCCUCAUGUUCCUUCUCUCCCUCAUGUUCCUUCUCUCCCUCAUGUUCCUUCUCUCCCUCAUGUUCCUUCUCUCCCUCAUGUUCUUCUCUCCCUCAUGUUCCUUCUCUCCCUCAUGUUCCUUCUCUCCCUCAUGUUCCUUCUCUCCCUCAUGUUCCUUCUCUCCCUCAUGUUCCUUCUCUCCCUCAUGUUCCUUCUCUCCCUCAUGUUCCUUCUCUCCCUCAUGUUCCUUCUCUCCCUCAUGUUCCUUCUCUCCCUCAUGUUCCUUCUCUCCCUCAUGUUCCUUCUCUCCCUCAUGUUCCUUCUCUCCCUCAUGUUCCUUCUCUCCCUCAUGUUCCUUCUCUCCCUCAUGUUCCUUCUCUCCCUCAUGUUCCUUCUCUCCCUCAUGUUCCUUCUCUCCCUCAUGUUCCUUCUCUCCCUCAUGUUCCUUCUCUCCCUCAUGUUCCUUCUCUCCCUCAUGUUCCUUCUCUCCCUCAUGUUCCCUCUCUCCCUCAUGUUCCCUCUCUCCCUCAUGUUCCUUCUCUCCCUCAUGUUCCUUCUCUCCCUCAUGUUCCUUCUCUCCCUCAUGUUCCUUCUCUCCCUCAUGUUCCUUCUCUCCCUCAUGUUCCUUCUCUCCCUCAUGUUCCUUCUCUCCCUCAUGUUCCUUCUCUCCCUCAUGUUCCCUCUCUCCCUCAUGUUCCCUCUCUCCCUCAUGUUCCUUCUCUCCCUCAUGUUCCCUCUCUCCCUCAUGUUCCCUCUCUCCCUCAUGUUCCUUCUCUCCCUCAUGUUCCCUCUCUCCCUCAUGUUCCUUCUCUCCCUCAUGUUCCUUCUCUCCCUCAUGUUCCCUCUCUCCCUCAUGUUCCUUCUCUCCCUCAUGUUCCCUCUCUCCCUCAUGUUCCCUCUCUCCCUCAUGUUCCUUCUCUCCCUCAUGUUCCUUCUCUCCCUCAUCUUCCCUCUCUCCCUCAUGUUCCCUCUCUCCCUCAUGUUCCUUCUCUCCCUCAUGUUCCUUCUCUCCCUCAUGUUCCCUCUCUCCCUCAUGUUCCUUCUCUCCCUCAUGUUCCCUCUCUCCCUCAUGUUCCCUCUCUCCCUCAUGUUCCUUCUCUCCCUCAUGUUCCAUCUCUCCCUCAUGUUCCCUCUCUCCCUCAUGUUCCCUCUCUCCCUCAUGUUCCUUCUCUCCCUCAUGUUCCUUCUCUCCCUCAUGUUCCCUCUCUCCCUCAUGUUCCUUCUCUCCCUCAUGUUCCUUCUCUCCCUCAUGUUCCUUCUCUCCCUCAUGUUCCUUCUCUCCCUCAUGUUCCUUCUCUCCCUCAUGUUCCUUCUCUCCCUCAUGUUUCUUCUCUCCCUCAUGUUCCUUCUCUCCCUCAUGUUCCUUCUCUCCCUCAUGUUCCUUCUCUCCCUCAUGUUCCUUCUCUCCCUCAUGUUCCUUCUCUCCCUCAUGUUCCUUCUCUCCCUCAUGUUCCUUCUCUCCCUCAUGUUCCUUCUCUCCCUCAUGUUCCUUCUCUCCCUCUUCUUCUCUCCAUCAUGUUCCUUCUCUCCCUCAUGUUCCUUCUCUCCCUCAUGUUCCUUCUCUCCCUCAUGUUCCUUCUCUCCCUCAUGUUCCUUCUCUCCCUCAUGUUCCUUCUCUCCCUCAUGUUCCUUCUCUCCCUCAUGUUCCUUCUCUCCCUCAUGUUCCUUCUCUCCCUCAUGUUCCUUCUCUCCCUCAUGUUCCUUCUCUCCCUCAUGUUCCUUCUCUCCCCGUCAUGUUCCUUCUCUCCCUCAUGUUCCUUCUCUCCCUCAUGUUCCUUCUCUCCCUCAUGUUCCUUCUCUCCCUCAUGUUCCUUCUCUCCCUCAUGUUCCCUCUCUCCCUCAUGUUCCCUCUCUCCUCAUGUUCCUUCUCUCCCUCAUGUUCCUUCUCUCCCUCAUGUUCCCUCUCUCCCUCAUGUUCCUUCUCUCCCUCAUGUUCCUUCUCUCCCUCAUGUUCCUUCUCUCCCUCAUGUUCCCUCUCUCCCUCAUGUUCCUUCUCUCCCUCAUGUUCCUUCUCUCCCUCAUGUUCCUUCUCUCCCUCAUGUUCCUUCUCUCCCUCAUGUUCUUCUCUCCCUCAUGUUUCUUCUCUCCCUCAUGUUCCUUCUCUCCCUCAUGUUCCUUCUCUCCCUCAUGUUCCUUCUCUCCCUCAUGUUCCUUCUCUCCCUCAUGUUCCUUCUCUCCCUCAUGUUCCUUCUCUCCCUCAUGUUCCCUCUCUCCCUCAUGUUCCCUCUCUCCCUCAUGUUCCUUCUCUCCCUCAUGUUCCUUCUCUCCCUCAUGUUCCUUCUCUCCCUCAUGUUCCUUCUCUCCCUCAUGUUCCUUCUCUCCCUCAUGUUCCUUCUCUCCCUCAUGUUCCUUCUCUCCCUCAUGUUCCUUCUCUCCCUCAUGUUCCCUCUCUCCCUCAUGUUCCCUCUCUCCCUCAUGUUCCUUCUCUCCCUCAUGUUCCAUCUCUCCCUCAUGUUCCCUCUCUCCCUCAUGUUCCUCUCUCUCCCUCAUGUUCCUUCUCUCCCUCAUGUUCCCUCUCUCCCUCAUGUUCCUUCUCUCCCUCAUGUUCCUUCUCUCCCUCAUGUUCCCUCUCUCCCUCAUGUUCCUUCUCUCCCUCAUGUUCCCUCUCUCCCUCAUGUUCCCUCUCUCCCUCAUGUUCCUUCUCUCCCUCAUGUUCCUUCUCUCCCUCAUCUUCCCUCUCUCCCUCAUGUUCCCUCUCUCCCUCAUGUUCCUUCUCUCCCUCAUGUUCCUUCUCUCCCUCAUGUUCCCUCUCUCCCUCAUGUUCCUUCUCUCCCUCAUGUUCCCUCUCUCCCUCAUGUUCCCUCUCUCCCUCAUGUUCCUUCUCUCCCUCAUGUUCCAUCUCUCCCUCAUGUUCCCUCUCUCCCUCAUGUUCCCUCUCUCCCUCAUGUUCCUUCUCUCCCUCAUGUUCCUUCUCUCCCUCAUGUUCCCUCUCUCCCUCAUGUUCCUUCUCUCCCUCAUGUUCCUUCUCUCCCUCAUGUUCCUUCUCUCCCUCAUGUUCCUUCUCUCCCUCAUGUUCCUUCUCUCCCUCAUGUUCCUUCUCUCCCUCAUGUUCUUCUCUCCCUCAUGUUCCUUCUCUCCCUCAUGUUCCUUCUCUCCCUCAUGUUCCUUCUCUCCCUCAUGUUCCUUCUCUCCCUCAUGUUCCUUCUCUCCCUCAUGUUCCUUCUCUCCCUCAUGUUCCUUCUCUCCCUCAUGUUCCUUCUCUCCCUCAUGUUCCUUCUCUCCCUCAUGUUCCUUCUCUCCCUCAUGUUCCUUCUCUCCCUCAUGUUCCUUCUCUCCCUCAUGUUCCUUCUCUCCCUCAUGUUCCUUCUCUCCCUCAUGUUCCUUCUCUCCCUCAUGUUCCUUCUCUCCCUCAUGUUCCUUCUCUCCCUCAUGUUCCUUCUCUCCCUCAUGUUCCUUCUCUCCUCAUGUUCCUUCUCUCCCUCAUGUUCCUUCUCUCCCUCAUGUUCCUUCUCUCCCUCAUGUUCCUUCUCUCCCUCAUGUUCCUUCUCUCCCUCAUGUUCCUUCUCUCCCCGCCCUCCUGUUCCUUCUCUCCCUCAUGUUCCCUUCUCUCCCUCAUGUUCCUUCUCUCCCUCAUGUCCUCUCCCUCAUGUUCCCUCUCUCCCUCAUGUUCCUUCUCUCCCUCAUGUUCCCUCUCUCCCUCAUGGUUCCCUCUCUCCCUCAUGUUCCUUCUCUCCCUCAUGUUCCUUCUCUCCCUCAUGUUCCCUUCUCUCCCUCAUGUUCCCUUCUCUCCCUCAUGUUCCUUCUCUCCCUCAUGUUCCUUCUCUCCCUCAUGUUCCUUCUCUUCCCUCAUUCUCUCUCCCUCAUGUUCCUUCUCUCCCUCAUGUUCCUUCUCUCCCUCAUGUUCCUUCUCUCCCUCAUGUUCCCUCUCUCCCUCAUGUUCCUUCUCUCCCUCAUGUUCCUUCUCUCCCUCAUGUUCCUUCUCUCCCUCAUGUUCCUUCUCUCCCUCAUGUCCUCUCCCUCAUGUUCCUUCUCUCCCUCAUGUUCUUCUCUCCCUCUCCCUCAUGUUCCUUCUCUCCCUCAUGUUCCUUCUCUCCCUCAUGUUCCUUCUCUCCCUCAUGUUCCUUCUCUCCCUCAUGUUCCUUCUCUCCCUCAUGUUCCUUCUCUCCCUCAUGUUCCUUCUCUCCCUCAUGUUCCUUCUCUCCCUCAUGUUCCUUCUCUCCCUCAUGUUCCUUCUCUCCCUCAUGUUCCUUCUCUCCCUCAUGUUUCCUUCUCUCCUCAUGUUCCUUCUCUCCCUCAUGUUCCUUCUCUCCCUCAUGUUCCUUCUCUCCCUCAUGUUCCUUCACUCCCUCAUGUUCCUUCUCUCCCUCAUGUUCCUUCUCUCCCUCAUGUUCCUUCUCUCCCUCAUGUUCCUUCUCUCCCUCAUGUUCCUUCUCUCCCUCAUGUUCCCUCUCUCCCUCAUGUUCCCUCUCUCCCUCAUGUUCCUUCUCUCCCUCAUGUUCCUUCUCUCCCUCAUGUUCCUUCUCUCCCUCAUGUUCCUUCUCUCCCUCAUGUUCCUUCUCUCCCUCAUGUUCCUUCUCUCCCUCAUGUUCCUUCUCUCCCUCAUGUUCCUUCUCUCCCUCAUGUUCCCUCUCUCCCUCAUGUUCCCUCUCUCCCUCAUGUUCCUUCUCUCCCUCAUGUUCCAUCUCUCCCUCAUGUUCCCUCUCUCCCUCAUGUUCCCUCUCUCCCUCAUGUUCCUUCUCUCCCUCAUGUUCCCUCUCUCCCUCAUGUUCCUUCUCUCCCUCAUGUUCCUUCUCUCCCUCAUGUUCCCUCUCUCCCUCAUGUUCCUUCUCUCCCUCAUGUUCCCUCUCUCCCUCAUGUUCCCUCUCUCCCUCAUGUUCCUUCUCUCCCUCAUGUUCCUUCUCUCCCUCAUCUUCCCUCUCUCCCUCAUGUUCCCUCUCUCCCUCAUGUUCCUUCUCUCCCUCAUGUUCCUUCUCUCCCUCAUGUUCCCUCUCUCCCUCAUGUUCCUUCUCUCCCUCAUGUUCCCUCUCUCCCUCAUGUUCCCUCUCUCCCUCAUGUUCCUUCUCUCCCUCAUGUUCCAUCUCUCCCUCAUGUUCCCUCUCUCCCUCAUGUUCCCUCUCUCCCUCAUGUUCCUUCUCUCCCUCAUGUUCCUUCUCUCCCUCAUGUUCCCUCUCUCCCUCAUGUUCCUUCUCUCCUCAUGUUCCUUCUCUCCCUCAUGUUCCUUCUCUCCCUCAUGUUCCUUCUCUCCCUCAUGUUCCUUCUCUCCCUCAUGUUCUUCUCUCCCUCAUGUUCCUUCUCUCCCUCAUGUUCCUUCUCUCCCUCAUGUUCCUUCUCUCCCUCAUGUUCCUUCUCUCCCUCAUGUUCCUUCUCUCCCUCAUGUUCCUUCUCUCCCUCAUGUUCCUUCUCUCCCUCAUGUUCCUUCUCUCCCUCAUGUUCCUUCUCUCCCUCAUGUUCCUUCUCUCCCUCAUGUUCCUUCUCUCCCUCAUGUUCCUUCUCUCCCUCAUGUUCCUUCUCUCCCUCAUGUUCCUUCUCUCCCUCAUGUUCCUUCUCUCCCUCAUGUUCCUUCUCUCCCUCAUGUUCCUUCUCUCCCUCAUGUUCCUUCUCUCCCUCAUGUUCCUUCUCUCCCUCAUGUUCCUUCUCUCCCUCAUGUUCCUUCUCUCCCUCAUGUUCCUUCUCUCCCUCAUGUUCCUUCUCUCCCUCAUGUUCCUUCUCUCCCUCAUGUUCCUUCUCUCCCUCAUGUUCCUUCUCUCCCUCAUGUUCCUUCUCUCCCUCAUGUUCCUUCUCUCCCUCAUGUUCCUUCUCUCCCUCAUGUUCCUCUCUCCCUCAUGUUCCUUCUCUCCCUCAUGUUCCUUCUCUCCCUCAUGUUCCUUCUCUCCCUCAUGUUCCUUCUCUCCCUCAUGUUCCUUCUCUCCCUCAUGUUCCUUCUCUCCUCAUGUUCCUUCUCUCCCUCAUGUUCCUUCUCUCCCUCAUGUUCCUUCUCUCCCUCAUGUUCCUUCUCUCCCUCAUGUUCCUUCUCUCCCUCAUGUUCCUUCUCUCCCUCAUGUUCCUUCUCUCCCUCAUGUUCCUUCUCUCCUCAUGUUCCUUCUCUCCCUCAUGUUCCUUCUCUCCCUCAUGUUCCUUCUCUCCCUCAUGUUCCUUCUCUCCCUCAUGUUCCUUCUCUCCCUCAUGUUCCUUCUCUCCCUCAUGUUCCUUCUCUCCCUCAUGUUCCUUCUCUCCCUCAUGUUCCUUCUCUCCCUCAUGUUCCUUCUCUCCCUCAUGUUCCUUCUCUCCUCAUGUUCCUUCUCUCCCUCAUGUUCCUUCUCUCCCUCAUGUUCCUUCUCUCCCUCAUGUUCCUUCUCUCCCUCAUGUUCCCUUCUCUCCCUCAUGUUCCUUCUCUCCCUCAUGUUCCUUCUCUCCCUCAUGUUCCUCUCUCCCUCAUGUUCCUUCUCUCCCUCAUGUUCCUUCUCUCCCUCAUGUUCCUUCUCUCCCUCAUGUUCCUUCUCUCCCUCAUGUUCCUUCUCUCCCUCAUGUUCCUUCUCUCCCUCAUGUUCCUUCUCUCCCUCAUGUUCCUCUCUCCCUCAUGUUCCCUUCUCUCCCUCAUGUUCCCUUCUCUCCCUCAUGUUCCUCUCUCCCUCAUGUUCCUCUCUCCCUCAUGUUCCUUCUCUCCCUCAUGUUCCUUCUCUCCCUCAUGUUCCUUCUCUCCCUCAUGUUCCUUCUCUCCCUCAUGUUCCCUUCUCUCCCUCAUGUUCCCUUCUCUCCCUCAUGUUCCUUCUCUCCCUCAUGUUCCUUCUCUCCCUCAUGUUCCUUCUCUCCCUCAUGUUUCCUUCUCUCCCUCAUGUUCCUUCUCUCCCUCAUGUUCCUUCUCUCCCUCAUGUUCCUUCUCUCCCUCAUGUUCCUCUCUCCUCAUGUUCCUUCUCUCCCUCAUGUUCCUUCUCUCCCUCAUGUUCCUUCUCUCCCUCAUGUUCCUUCUCUCCCUCAUGUUCCUUCUCUCCCUCAUGUUCCUUCUCUCCCUCAUGUUCCUUCUCUCCCUCAUGUUCCUUCUGCUCCCUCAUGUUCCUUCUCUCCCUCAUGUUCCUUCUCUCCCUCAUGUUCUCAUGUCUCUCCCUCAUGUUCCUUCUCUCCCUCAUGUUCCUUCUCUCCCUCAUGUUCCUUCUCUCCCUCAUGUUCCUUCUCUCCCUCAUGUUCCUUCUCUCCCUCAUGUUCCUUCUCUCCCUCAUGUUCCUUCUCUCCCUCAUGUUCCUUCUCUCCCUCAUGUUCCUUCUCUCCCUCAUGUUCCUUCUCUCCCUCAUGUUCCUUCUCUCCCUCAUGUUCUUCUCUCCCUCAUGUUCCUUCUCUCCCUCAUGUUCCUUCUCUCCCUCAUGUUCCUUCUCUCCUCAUGUUCCUUCUCUCCCUCAUGUUCCUUCUCUCCCUCAUGUUCCUUCUCUCCCUCAUGUUCCUUCUCUCCCUCAUGUUCUUCUCUCCCUCAUGUUCCUUCUCUCCCUCAUGUUCCUUCUCUCCCUCAUGUUCCUUCUCUCCCUCAUGUUCCUUCUCUCCCUCAUGUUCCUUCUCUCCCUCAUGUUCCUUCUCUCCCUCAUGUUCCUUCUCUCCCUCAUGUUCCUUCUCUCCCUCAUGUUCCUUCUCUCCCUCAUGUUCCUUCUCUCCCUCAUGUUCCUUCUCUCCCUCAUGUUCCUUCUCUCCCUCAUGUUCCUUCUCUCCCUCAUGUUCCUUCUCUCCCUCAUGUUCCUUCUCUCCCUCAUGUUCCUUCUCUCCCUCAUGUUCCUUCUCUCCCUCAUGUUCCUUCUCUCCCUCAUGUUCCUUCUCUCCCUCAUGUUCCUUCUCUCCCUCAUGUUCCUUCUCUCCCUCAUGUUCCUUCUCUCCCUCAUGUUCCUUCUCUCCCUCAUGUUCCUUCUCUCCCUCAUGUUCCUUCUCUCCCUCAUGUUCCUUCUCUCCCUCAUGUUCCUUCUCUCCCUCAUGUUCCUUCUCUCCCUCAUGUUCCUUCUCUCCUCAUGUUCCUUCUCUCCUCAUGUUCCUUCUCUCCCUCAUGUUCCUUCUCUCCCUCAUGUUCCUUCUCUCCCUCAUGUUCCUUCUCUCCCUCAUGUUCCUUCUCUCCCUCAUGUUCCUUCUCUCCCUCAUGUUCCUUCUCUCCCUCAUGUUCCUUCUCUCCCUCAUGUUCCUUCUCUCCCUCAUGUUCCUUCUCUCCCUCAUGUUCCUUCUCUCCCUCAUGUUCCUUCUCUCCCUCAUGUUCCUUCUCUCCCUCAUGUUCCUUCUCUCCCUCAUGUUCCUUCUCUCCCUCAUGUUCCUUCUCUCCCUCAUGUUCCUUCUCUCCCUCAUGUUCCUUCUCUCCCUCAUGUUCCUUCUCUCCCUCAUGUUCCUUCUCUCCCUCAUGUUCCUUCUCUCCCUCAUGUUCCUUCUCUCCCUCAUGUUCCUUCUCUCCCUCAUGUUCCUUCUCUCCCUCAUGUUCCUUCUCUCCCUCAUGUUCCUUCUCUCCCUCAUGUUCCUUCUCUCCCUCAUGUUCCUUCUCUCCCUCAUGUUCCUUCUCUCCCUCAUGUUCCUUCUCUCCCUCAUGUUCCUUCUCUCCCUCAUGUUCCUUCUCUCCCUCAUGUUCCUUCUCUCCCUCAUGUUCCUUCUCUCCCUCAUGUUCCUUCUCUCCCUCAUGUUCCUUCUCUCCCUCAUGUUCCUUCUCUCCCUCAUGUUCCUUCUCUCCCUCAUGUUCCUUCUCUCCCUCAUGUUCCUUCUCUCCCUCAUGUUCCUUCUCUCCCUCAUGUUCCUUCUCUCCCUCAUGUUCCUUCUCUCCCUCAUGUUCCUUCUCUCCCUCAUGUUCCUUCUCUCCCUCAUGUUCCUUCUCUCCCUCAUGUUCCUUCUCUCCCUCAUGUUCCUUCUCUCCCUCAUGUUCCUUCUCUCCCUCUCCCUCAUGUUCCUUCUCUCCCUCAUGUUCCUUCUCUCCCUCAUGUUCCUUCUCUCCCUCAUGUUCCUUCUCUCCCUCAUGUUCCUUCUCUCCCUCAUGUUCCUUCUCUCCCUCAUGUUCCUUCUCUCCCUCAUGUUCCUUCUCUCCCUCAUGUUCCUUCUCUCCCUCAUGUUCCUUCUCUCCCUCAUGUUCCUUCUCUCCCUCAUGUUCCUUCUCUCCCUCAUGUUCCUUCUCUCCCUCAUGUUCCUUCUCUCCCUCAUGUUCCUUCUCUCCCUCAUGUUCCUUCUCUCCCUCAUGUUCUUCUCUCCCUCAUGUUCCUUCUCUCCCUCAUGUUCCUUCUCUCCCUCAUGUUCCUUCUCUCCCUCAUGUUCCUUCUCUCCCUCAUGUUCCUUCUCUCCCUCAUGUUCCUUCUCUCCCUCAUGUUCCUUCUCUCCCUCAUGUUCCUUCUCUCCCUCAUGUUCCUUCUCUCCCUCAUGUUCCUUCUCUCCCUCAUGUUCCUUCUCUCCCUCAUGUUCCUUCUCUCCCUCAUGUUCCUUCUCUCCCUCAUGUUCCUUCUCUCCCUCAUGUUUCCUUCUCUCCCUCAUGUUCCUUCUCUCCCUCAUGUUCCUUCUCUCCCUCAUGUUCCUUCUCUCCCUCAUGUUCCUUCUCUCCCUCAUGUUCCUUCUCUCCCUCAUGUUCCUUCUCUCCCUCAUGUUCCUUCUCUCCCUCAUGUUCCUUCUCUCCCUCAUGUUCCUUCUCUCCCUCAUGUUCCUUCUCUCCCUCAUGUUCCUUCUCUCCCUCAUGUUCCUUCUCUCCCUCAUGUUCCUUCUCUCCCUCAUGUUCCUUCUCUCCCUCAUGUUCCUUCUCUCCCUCAUGUUCCUUCUCUCCCUCAUGUUCCUUCUCUCCCUCAUGUUCCUUCUCUCCCUCAUGUUCCUUCUCUCCCUCAUGUUCCUUCUCUCCCUCAUGUUCCUUCUCUCCCUCAUGUUCCUUCUCUCCCUCAUGUUCCUUCUCUCCCUCAUGUUCCUUCUCUCCCUCAUGUUCCUUCUCUCCCUCAUGUUCCUUCUCUCCCUCAUGUUCCUUCUCUCCCUCAUGUUCCUUCUCUCCCUCAUGUUCCUUCUCUCCCUCAUGUUCCUUCUCUCCCUCAUGUUCCUUCUCUCCCUCAUGUUCCUUCUCUCCCUCAUGUUCCUUCUCUCCCUCAUGUUCCUUCUCUCCCUCAUGUUCCUUCUCUCCCUCAUGUUCCUUCUCUCCCUCAUGUUCCUUCUCUCCCUCAUGUUCCUUCUCUCCCUCAUGUUCCUUCUCUCCCUCAUGUUCCUUCUCUCCCUCAUGUUCCUUCUCUCCCUCAUGUUCCUUCUCUCCCUCAUGUUCCUUCUCUCCCUCAUGUUCCUUCUCUCCCUCAUGUUCCUUCUCUCCCUCAUGUUCCUUCUCUCCCUCAUGUUCCUUCUCUCCCUCAUGUUCCUUCUCUCCCUCAUGUUCCUUCUCUCCCUCAUGUUCCUUCUCUCCCUCAUGUUCCUUCUCUCCCUCAUGUUCCUUCUCUCCCUCAUGUUCCUUCUCUCCCUCAUGUUCCUUCUCUCCCUCAUGUUCCUUCUCUCCCUCAUGUUCCUUCUCUCCCUCAUGUUCCUUCUCUCCCUCAUGUUCCUUCUCUCCCUCAUGUUCCUUCUCUCCCUCAUGUUCCUUCUCUCCCUCAUGUUCCUUCUCUCCCUCAUGUUCCUUCUCUCCCUCAUGUUCCUUCUCUCCCUCAUGUUCCUUCUCUCCCUCAUGUUCCUUCUCUCCCUCAUGUUCCUUCUCUCCCUCAUGUUCCUUCUCUCCCUCAUGUUCCUUCUCUCCCUCAUGUUCCUUCUCUCCCUCAUGUUCCUUCUCUCCCUCAUGUUCCUUCUCUCCCUCAUGUUCCUUCUCUCCCUCAUGUUCCUUCUCUCCCUCAUGUUCCUUCUCUCCCUCAUGUUCCUUCUCUCCCUCAUGUUCCUUCUCUCCCUCAUGUUCCUUCUCUCCCUCAUGUUCCUUCUCUCCCUCAUGUUCCUUCUCUCCCUCAUGUUCCUUCUCUCCCUCAUGUUCCUUCUCUCCCUCAUGUUCCUUCUCUCCCUCAUGUUCCUUCUCUCCCUCAUGUUCCUUCUCUCCCUCAUGUUCCUUCUCUCCCUCAUGUUCCUUCUCUCCCUCAUGUUCCUUCUCUCCCUCAUGUUCCUUCUCUCCCUCAUGUUCCUUCUCUCCCUCAUGUUCCUUCUCUCCCUCAUGUUCCUUCUCUCCCUCAUGUUCCUUCUCUCCCUCAUGUUCCUUCUCUCCCUCAUGUUCCUUCUCUCCCUCAUGUUCCUUCUCUCCCUCAUGUUCCUUCUCUCCCUCAUGUUCCUUCUCUCCCUCAUGUUCCUUCUCUCCCUCAUGUUCCUUCUCUCCCUCAUGUUCCUUCUCUCCCUCAUGUUCCUUCUCUCCCUCAUGUUCCUUCUCUCCCUCAUGUUCCUUCUCUCCCUCAUGUUCCUUCUCUCCCUCAUGUUCCUUCUCUCCCUCAUGUUCCUUCUCUCCCUCAUGUUCCUUCUCUCCCUCAUGUUCCUUCUCUCCCUCAUGUUCCUUCUCUCCCUCAUGUUCCUUCUCUCCCUCAUGUUCCUUCUCUCCCUCAUGUUCCUUCUCUCCCUCAUGUUCCUUCUCUCCCUCAUGUUCCUUCUCUCCCUCAUGUUCCUUCUCUCCCUCAUGUUCCUUCUCUCCCUCAUGUUCCUUCUCUCCCUCAUGUUCCUUCUCUCCCUCAUGUUCCUUCUCUCCCUCAUGUUCCUUCUCUCCCUCAUGUUCCUUCUCUCCCUCAUGUUCCUUCUCUCCCUCAUGUUCCUUCUCUCCCUCAUGUUCCUUCUCUCCCUCAUGUUCCUUCUCUCCCUCAUGUUCCUUCUCUCCCUCAUGUUCCUUCUCUCCCUCAUGUUCCUUCUCUCCCUCAUGUUCCUUCUCUCCCUCAUGUUCCUUCUCUCCCUCAUGUUCCUUCUCUCCCUCAUGUUCCUUCUCUCCCUCAUGUUCCUUCUCUCCCUCAUGUUCCUUCUCUCCCUCAUGUUCCUUCUCUCCCUCAUGUUCCUUCUCUCCCUCAUGUUCCUUCUCUCCCUCAUGUUCCUUCUCUCCCUCAUGUUCCUUCUCUCCCUCAUGUUUCUUCUCUCCCUCAUGUUCCUUCUCUCCCUCAUGUUCCUUCUCUCCCUCAUGUUCCGUCUCUCAUUCUCUCCUCCUCACCAAUCCUGCACAUAUCUCGCCCCCCAACAGCUGCAGCGCCUAGGUGUCACGCACCGAUUGGACGAGGUGUUCAACGCGGCCCCAGUGGUGCGCAGUGUGCUCAACCAGCAGUCGCAGCUCUUCCGCUCCGUGAGUGCUGCCUGCUCACAGCAUGUGUGUGA